AUGGGAAUGAAAGGUGCCAGAAUUGGAGAAGUCAGCAGAGGUCAAAGCGAAUAUAAAACCGCAAUAACUUUUGCGCCGAAUAACUCAUAAAUCGCCGCUGAUCUGAGAACAUUAACUCUCCGUUAAUUGGGAUUAUAAUCGUUAGUGGGGCCUUGAUGUUAAGGGUUUAGGCAUUGGCUGCAAAUUUUUUUUUUAAAUAGCUAGGGCUAAGGCUAGUCUGAGAGUAAGGCUAAAGCUAAGGCUAAAGCUAAGGCUAAAGCUAAGGCUAAAGCUAAGGCUAAAGCUAAGGCUAAAGCUAAGGCUAAGGCUAAGGCUAAGGCUAAGGCUAAGGCUAAGGCUAAGGCUAAGGCUAAGGCUAAGGCUAAGGCUAAGGCUAAGUCUAAGGCUAAGGCUAAGGCUAAGGCUAAGGCUAAGUCUAAGGCUAAGGCUAAGACUAAGGCUAAGGCUAAGGCUAAGGCUAAGUCUAAGUCUAAGUCUAAGGCUUAG